AUGCGGAAACCGACGCCGUACGUCUCCCUCCAUGACGUCGUCGCCUUCGAUUUCGUCGACGGCGACGUCCCCUUCGACGACCUCGUCGACGGCGAGGGGCUGUGCUGCCCCGACGACCCGUUUGAGGAGGUCAUGAGAUGCCUCUCGGCGGUGGACGACCCUUUCUUGGCGGCGUUCAAGCUUGAUUGCUCGCCGCCGACGCCCGCGGCCGACGCCGACGUGGACUCCAGGAGCGAGGAGCACAUGCACGCCGACGUUGGCGGCGGGCUGGACUUGCAGAGAGCAGUAGGCGGCGGCGAUGAGAAGGCGGGCACGCCGAGCACCGUCGACGACGUUCCGUGGCUCCAAGCUUCGGCUGUGGCGAGGAAGCCGCGCCGCGCACCCGCCGCCGUACGCAAGAGGGUCUGGUCACUGGUAUCCCCCCAGCUGGCCACCGCCGCCGCCGCCGCCGUCGACAACAGCCGCGACGAAGUUUCCAGCGGCGGCGGCGGCGGAGGAGAAGGAGGAGAACACUGCUCGCGCCCCGCCAAGCGGCGGCGCAAAUGCGGCGAGGAGAAGAGGUGCGGCCACUGCCAGACGACGGAGACGCCGCAGUGGCGGGUGGGGCCGGACGGGCCGAGCACGCUGUGCAACGCGUGCGGCAUCCGGUACAGGAUUGACCACCUGCUGCCGGAGUACCGGCCGUCGACGAGCCCCGGCUUCGGGAGCGACGGGUACUCCAACCGCCACAGGAAGGUGGUGAAGCUCAGGGAGAAGAAGAGGAAGAAGGCCAUGCUGGCCGCCACCGCAACGGCGCUAACUUCUGGGCCUGUGUGA